AUGGUCUCUCUCUUCUCGAUACCCAUCUUCCUCGUCACUUUCCGGGAGGCCCUCGAGACAGCCAUCAUCGUCUCGAUUCUCCUGGCCUUCAUCAAGAAAACCCUCUACCGAUCCCAUCGCGCAAUCUACAGGCAGCUCGUCCGUCAAGUCUGGCUUGGCACCUCGGCCGGCCUGGUCAUCACUCUCAUCAUCUCUGGCGCCCUCAUCGGAGUGUUUUACUCCCUCGGUGUCGACCAAUGGGGUGCCCGUGAGCUUACUUAUGAAGGCGCCUUCUCUCUCAUCGCCUCUCUCAUCAUCACUGCCGUCGGUUUCGCCUUAUUGAGAAUCGGCAAGAUGCAAGACAAGUGGAAAGCCAAGAUCGAGCAGUCGCUAGGCGAGCAGGCAAGGCAAAGACGAACCAAGAGAGGCACUGUCAUGAUGUGGUUGGAAAAGUAUAGCAUGUUCAUGCUGCCCUUUGUUACCGUGCUCAGGGAGGGGAUUGAGGCGGUGGUUUUCAUUGCGGGAGUUAGCUUCUCUGCACCUGUUACGUCGGUGCCGAUUGCUGUGAUUGUUGGACUGAUGGUUGGUACAGGAGUUGGCUUGGCCAUGUACAAGGGUGGUUCACAUACCAAAAUGAAGCUGUUCCUCGUCAUCUCGACUUGUUUUCUCUACCUGGUCGCAGCCGGUCUCUUCUCAAGGGCUGUCUGGGCCUUUGAACAGGAAAUUUGGCAAGACAUGGUGGGCGGUGGUGAUAUUGCCGAGCUGGGCUCAGGUCCGGGAACUUAUGAUAUUGACAAAUCCGUUUGGCACGUCGAUUGUUGCAGCCCCUUUGUGAACGGUGGAUCAGGUUGGGGAUUCCUCAACGCUGUUCUAGGCUGGAAUAACUCGGCGACGUACGGCUCGGUCAUAUCAUACAAUGUCUACUGGAUUGUAGUCAUUACCAUCUUCAUGAUCCUGAGGUACAAGGAGGUAAAGGGACACUGGCCUUUCUCCAAGAAGCCAACACCGACAGAGGAGCACAUUGGACGCAGGGAGGAGAGCAUCAAGAUAGCCAUUGGGCCUGGCAGUGACAUCCUCUGCGUUGAGGGAAGUGCGGCUCCGUAUGUGAAGAUUGAAGACAAUAUUUCAAGGAUGGUUUGA